AUGCCUCGCUCCAAACUCCUCGAAAUCAACCUCAUCUCCGCUCACGAUCUCCCCCCUCUCGCCGCCACGCUCCGCACAUUCACCGUCGCCUACGUCUCCCCCGAUCACAAGCUCACCACCAAAACCGACCACCACGGCCACACCAACCCCUCCUGGAACUACAAGAUGCUCUUCCAUGUCCCCAAAAACUUCCUCAACCAACCCUCCGCCUCCCUCACCGUCGAAAUCUACAACCUCGCCUGGCUCCGCGGCCUCCCCAUCGGCAUCGCCCGCCUCCACUUCCCCACCCUCUCCCCUCCCCUCACCCAAAACAGCGGCUACCGCAGCCUAACCCUCCAGAUCUCCCAGCCCUCGGGCAACCUGAAGGGAACGCUGAGCCUCGGCAUCCAGCUCAUCGAUAUGGACGAAGACAUCGGCCUCUCGUCCCUCCGAAUUACCGACGAAAAUUCCGUUGCUAACGAAAAGGCCAAUAUUAGCGACAGAAUAGCAAUAUCCGUCGCUGAUACGGAUGAGAGGAGGCCGAGGCGGAAGAAGGGGACAUACGACAGAGACGGUGUGGAAUACGGGAGUUCGAUAUUGGAGAACUGGACGGAGGGGGGAGAGGGGAUACCGGAAAAUGAGGAGGGGAAGGAAAUGGCGAUUGAACAGCGGUGGAAGAGGAAAAAUGGGCUGUUUAAGUGCUUCUCUAAUAAAUUCAGAUUGAAGAAGAAGGUGGGAAAUGUGGAUACACUUCAUCACAGAUCGCAAUCAGAAGGGGGUCUGGGAAGGUUUUAUGGCUGA